AGUGCUGCUGAUGCUCGUGUCCCAACUCUCUCCUCCUGGUGUGGUCUGGUCUCGCUCUCUUCUUCGACGCAUGCGCACACAGGCAGCGCUGUCCUGCUUAAAAACAGCUGGGCUCUUACGUGCGUUCACAUAGAGAAACGUGGGGCUGCAAAGCAAAGGGGACACGGCAACGGAUUUAGAUAAGGAUUAUCGCUGUUAUAGUGGUUUCACAGCUAUGCAAAAUAAGAAAAUGCAAGAGGAUUAGUGACACACAUCAAGUGGAGCAAAAUAGCAAAACAGAGUGAGAAAGCGAGAUGCGACUCGCCUCGGAGAUGAAAGAGAUGCUCAUGUUCAUGAAGAGGUAAUAACCAAAGGAAAUCUCUGAAACACGUUUAAUAUGCUAUAAGAUUUGUAUUCUUCACUGCCGAGGAGUAGUUGAUGAAGGUUCCCCGAAGUCUUUGAGCCGUAAGAGCUCAGAGUACAUCCUGCCACAAGUACUUCUGUCAUCAAGGGGAUGUAACGCCAAACUCGAGUUUUCACUUAAUCCUCUCACAGGUAAACGGCGGGACAUUUUGCCUGAGGAAUUUUGCGCUCAAAGAGUUUUUAAACAGAAUGUGAAUAAGGUAUCAGUGGUAGAGCUUUCUAGAGAAUGAAGCUCCUGGAAUAGAGCUCUAUCCACCUUUUAUUUUUUGGUUGGAGGCAUGAAACUGUAGAAUCAGUUUUUCUUCACUAACCUGGAAGGAGGGCAACAUGGCAAAGCCCUUCUACAGGCUUCAACGCUUUUUACGACGGACUCAGCUGCUCUUCUUGUUUCUCGGUGUCGCCUACAUUAUGGCUGGAAGUGUCCUUCUUCUGCAGAGACAUGGAUUGGUGGUGUCACAGCGUGGGACAAGCAGUUACUUUCCAUUGCCGUCUUUGCCGUCUCCUCCCAGGUCCCUGGAGGCACCUGCCCUCCGGACAAGUUAUGGAAUAAUGGGCGCACGGCACAACAGCAAGGGGGUGGGAUACCAAAGCGUUUUGUCUGAAGACAAUGCUGGACCACAAUGGCUCACCUCACGAAACCAGGAGAUCCGACAUCUGAGACGUCGCUGGUUCCACAGCCUCAUGUCUGAGCAGGAAGCGUCUAGAGUGGAGAAAGUUCUUCCGAAAAGAAAAAUCCGACACAAAGGCACGUACAUCGGAUGCUUUCUGGAUGACGCCAAGGACCGGGCACUCAAAGGGAUGGUGUUCUAUGACUUCCGGAAAAUGACCAGCACCUUGUGUCAGGACACCUGCACCGAAAGUGGGUAUCAGUUCGCUGGCCUUGAAUAUGGGUCCGAAUGUUACUGUGGCAACCGCAUCACAAGCACUCGGAUGAAAGAGGAGGAGUGUAACUUGGACUGCAAAGGCGAGAAGGGCGCUAUCUGUGGAGGUGUGUCCCGUCUGUCCGUUUACAAGGUGGAGGAGGUUCUUCCUGGCCAGCGGAGAUACAGGAACGUGCGCUACCGGGGGUGCUUCAAAAAUCCUGACAAGACAACAGCAGCUUCCCUGGCCCAUGCUGUGCAGCCCAACCUCACCUCCCAGUGGUGCAUCAAGACCUGUAUGGAUCAGGAGUUUCCUCUGGCCCUGGUCAGGAACCCCGACUGUUUCUGUGGCUAUGCCACCCCUCACUUCACUCUUCAUGAGCCAGUAAAAGAGGAGCUUUGUGCUGUGGAAAACAGCAGUCUGCCUACCCAGAGUUCCCAUCAGCUAUUCCUCCAGGUCUAUCAGACACCUGUUCAAGAUUCCAGAUGCACAGAGAAGAAGUUUCUACCUGAGAAGUCGAGCUCACUGGUGGCUUUGUCCAGUUUUCCUGGUGCUGGGAACACCUGGGUGAGGCAUCUGAUCGAGCUUGCCACAGGCUACUACACAGGCAGUUACUACUUUGAUGGCACCCUCUACAAUAGAGGCUUCAAGGGUGAGAAAGAUUACUGGAAGAGUGGACGAACCAUCUGCGUGAAGACGCAUGAGAGCGGUCAGCGGGAUAUAGAGAUGUAUGACUCAGCAAUACUGUUGAUAAGAAACCCCUACCGCUCACUCAUGGCUGAGUUCAACCGCAAGUGCGCCGGGCAUCUUGGUUACGCUUCUGAUCAGCACUGGAAGAGCAAAGAGUGGCCAGAAUUUGUGGGUAGUUACGCCUCCUGGUGGGCUUCUCACGUAUUGGACUGGCUGCGUUAUGGAAAGAAACUUCUGGUGGUGCAUUAUGAGGAAUUGCAGGAGGCAUUGGUGCCCACGUUACGAUCCAUCACUUCGUUCCUCAAUGCCAGUGUCGGUGAAGAGCGUCUUCUCUGUGCUGAGUGCAACAAGGAUGGCCACUUCAAGCGCUCAGGUGCGCGACGGCCCACCUUUGACCCCUUCACCCCAGAUAUGAAACGGCUGAUUGAUGGCUACAUCAUUACUGUGGACCAGGCACUCAGAGCCAGCAACCAUUCUGGCUUACCACAGGAGUAUCUUCCAAGAUGAUAAGCCCAGAACUAGAGUACAGAAGUGCUCGUCUUGCUCAAGUUUCAAUGCUACUACCAUGACCAGGAGAUAUUUUGAUACAUUUAUUUCCUCGCAUAUUGAGGUAGAAAAUAAUGCCAUAUGAUGCUGUUCUUCACUGGUGCGCUUUGAGAUCGUCAUGUUUUAACGGCGGUCUGUAGAGGGGAACAAAGUUCAACACUGUUGACAUAACGUGGUGAAUAAUUACAAAGAUUGCAGACCCGAAACUCAAAAACAUCUCUAGUCGGAGGCAAAAUAAGUUUUCCUUCCUACUUUGGGAGGAAAGUUGAGUGCUUAAUUACAUACUUCAACUACAAGUCAACAAGAGGCCUAAUAAACAACAGAUGUAAUUGCUUAUGAACUAAUCUGACGUGUACUGCAGAUAAUAAUGACUUGUCUACCACAAUGACAACAUUAUAAUUUUAUUACUAUACAGUGACUUUUUUGUGUAUGGACCCUUUAGACUGUUUACAGAGCUGAUAUCAAUGGAUGUAGUCUAUUACCAUAACAGAUGACAUGGAUGUAACCACGUAUUGAAGACAAGGGGGGACCGAAUGUUAUCUAUUGAGAAGAAUCAAGUAUUGAAUAGGUCAUUGGUAAACCAAAUCCGAAUAUUGAGUGCAAUGCGUCUAUGGUGGUUACGGCCCUGAUAGAUGAGAAACGAAAUACUCUGUGAUGACGAAGCAGAAUGACAUGUUUUCCCUCCAAACAUUCAAGAUCAAGAAAAUAUGACAUAGCAAACAGACUUAGCAUAUAUCAAAGUCAAAUGAGUAGUGACUGUCCCCAUCCCGCUAGGUUCCUUCAGCUGGACUAGACAAGACUUGCCUUGCGGAAUGACGCUAGCCUGAUGCUAAUCCUCCCAGAGCUGAUUAGCACACCGCCAGCAUGCUCCAGAUGUGUCUGGAUUAAGCGCUGGUGUAAUACUCUUUUGCACAUUGCCAAACUGGGAUCAGCUGCAAAUUCAGACAAUGUCACUGUAGUGCUGGUGGCAGGAAUCCCUCCGGGGGGCUGUUUCUGCAGAGUUAUUCAUUGAGACACAAAAGAUCAAUCGGUUAGCAUCAUUCAGUAUAGGCUAAAUAAAAUUUUCUCACUGAUAGGGUUUGAUCCAUAAUUUAAAAACAGUGAUUAGUGUUACAUAAAGCUGGAGUGUGUAACUCUAAACAGGCUCUCCCCUCAUCUGUCAUUGGUCUGAAAAACCGACAGUAACGCCCCCAAACUCACGCCAUUGGUUGAGUCAGUGUUGCUAUGCUGGACUGGUUGGGAUGCUAAAACAAAAAGAGCAGUUUAAUUGUGCUCCAUACUGUUUACACUUUUGGGGUGGAUCACCUAAACUGGGAUGGUUUACUCACCCUCAUGUUUAUCCCAAACUGGUGUUAUUUCAGUAUUAUGUAUGUACUAUUAUAGUGUUUAUUAACAUUUUGAAUUUGCUUUUAAUUUUAGUUUUUAUUUCAUUUUAGAAUAGAUUUAGUUUUAGUUAACAUUAACAACCCUGCUCCAAACUGCCAUGACUUUCUUUCUUAUCCGAAGCACAAAGGAAGACAUUUUGAGGAAUGUUUUAGUUUUUGUCGAUUAAAUGUAAGUCAGUGGGGUCCAAAAUAACAUUGGAGCUGACUGACUUUGAUUAACAGCUGAAACUUUCCUCAAAAUAACUUUCUUGUGUUCCAUACAACAAAUACAAAUUUGGAACGACAUGAGGGUGAGUAAAUGAUUUUAAUUUUUGGGUGAACUAUCCCUUUAAGCCUUUAUUAACUAUAAGUUAUAAUAUUUUGGCCCCAAAGGAUUCUUAAAAAGAGAUAUGCAUCAGUAAGCUUAACACAAGUAUAAUUAAUGAGCCAUAUAUGAGGUUUAAUGAAAUAUAUCAGAUUUCGCUUUAGGUUUGUUCUAUAAGCCUCUGCCGUGGAGAAUAAAAUGCUGUGCGCCUGAUAUGAAUUAUAAAUGAAUUCCAUUGCGCCCCCACUGUGAUUUCCUGCAGGCUUGGUGCUGAGGUCAUUGUGUCUUGCCUGGAGAACUGUGACAGAUUAAUGUCUGAAUGAAACAGAAUUUUAUUUCCACGCACAUCGCUGCAGUAUAUGGUGCACAUAUAAGCUACAUCGAUAUGUGUACAGCAGUAUGUGAUUGCCUACGUCUACUGUGUGUGUGUGUGUGUGUGUGUGUGUGUGUGUGUGUGUGUGUGUGUGUACAGAAGGUUGUUCCAUGUUCUGGUGCCUCAUUCUAUGGACAAAAAAACAAAACAAAAAACAAAUCCAAUUCCAUUAUGGAUUGAUUAUGUUCACUGAAUUUUCUACAGAAGCAAAUAGGUUCUAUUUCUGCCAACCUGGAGCAAAGGAACAAGAGGCAUAAUUAGCUCAAGUAUUCUUUUUUUGAUUUUCAUAAACUCUCUUGACAUCGGUCAGACUCUGUGACUGCUAUUCACUUGAAUGAAUGCUAUUGAGAGGGGCCGGCCCCCAAGGUUUGACUGCUGUUGUGAAAACACAAUGAAUAAAAUUCAUGAUGCAA